AUGAGGGCGGCUGGGAUGGAGUUGAGAAAGUGGGCAUCGAAUUCCCCGGUUCUCUUCGCAGAUCACGAGCCACGCUUAGAAGAGCACUACGCUGCGACCAUAGAAACAGGACUUUUGGGAUUACGGUGGAAUCGACACACUGACAGCAUCAAGCUCGCGGAAUGCAGCCCACCCAACACCACGUCGGCGGGCAACACGAAACGGUCGGUGCUACAGCUCUCAGCCUCGAUUUUCGACCCACUUGGUGUUGCCAGUCCAUUCACGAUACGGGCUCGCAUGCUCUUCCAGCGCAUCUGGCAGCAUGGUCUUAAUUGGGACGACGAACUACCUGAAGAAAUAGCUUUGGAGUGGAAGCGCUGGUGCGAGGAACUGCCGGACAUGGCAAGAAUCGAAAUACCUCGGUAUGUGAGCCAAGGGGUUGAAGACAUUGCGAACGCAAUCCAGGUGCACGUCUUCACGGACGCCAGUCAGUCGGCUUACGGAGCCAGCGUAUACCUGCGCACAGAGGACGUCAAUGGAAAGGUCGUGGUCACGCUGAUGGUUGCUAAGGCACGAGUUGCGCCGCUAAAAACACUGACCCUACCCCGCCUAGAACUCAUGGGAGCUCUAAUAGGAUGUAGGCUGGCCAGAAGCCUUUUGGGUUCGCUCUCUCACCUUCCCCUCCAGCUAAUCUUCUGGACAGACUCGAACAUCGUGCUCUGUUGGGUUAAAGGAUCGGCACUGCGGUUGAAGCAGUUUGUACGCAACAGGGUGACAGAAAUUCAAACUGCAGCCGAUCCAGCUGCUUGGAGGCACUGUCCAGGGGAGCAAAAUCCAGCGGACCUGCUCACAAGAGGGGAAAGCAUGGAGAAACUGCUACACAGCAAGAUAUGGUUCAGAGACCCUGCAUGGUUGUCGGAGUCGGCGGAGUUAUGGCCCAGCGGCACGCACGAACCGCAGGUGAACGAAGAGACUGUAGAAGCGGAACGGGUAAAGACACAAGUGCUCUUCGUGGACACUGACACUACUACUUCCAGCCUACUGAGGCUAGAGAACUACAGUAGUUGGUAUUUCGUGUUGAGGCUCAGAGCAUGGAUUCGCCGCUUUGCAGACCGUUGCAGGCGAAAGAAGAGGCGGCAAGGGCCCCUAACUGCUAAUGAGGUUCAUGAGGCGGAGGUCCAUUGGGUUAAAGAUGCACAAAGGUCCGAGUACUACAAGGAGCUACAGGAGCUCGCAGAUGGGGGCAUGGUGAGCCAGAAGUCUCCAAUCGCCCCCUUGCAGCCAGUUCUGAACCAGGAUGAUAUUUUAAGGAUCUCGGGACGGUUGCAGCACUCGAUAUUGCCAACGGACGUAAGACAUCCGGUGAUCCUCCCACAGGGACACAGAGUAACCGAACUGAUCGUUGAGGCGGCUCAUCGACGGCUUCUCCACGGGGGUGUACAAGACACCAUCACCGAAGUGCGAGAGCGAUACUGGGUACAGCGAUGCCGGCAACUAGUCAAAAAAGUUCUCUUUCGAUGCAACGCAUGCAAACGACACCGGGUAAAGCCAGCGUCCGCACCUGUUGCACCACUGCCCAGCGAGCGGGUGACUGAGAGCCGGCCAUUCCAAGUGGUUGGGAUAGACUUCGCGGGACCGUUGAUCAUCAAACCAACAGGUGGAGGCAACAAGAAGUCUUACAUGGCGCUAUUUACAUGCGCAGUCACCCGUGCGGUGCACUUGGAACUAGUAUCGGAUAUGACGACCCAAAGUUUUCUCCUGGCGUUCAAACGUUUCACUUCCCGGCGAGGGCUUCCAUCGGUUAUCGACAGCGACAACGCCGCUACCUUCAAGAAGGCCGAGAAGCAAGUGUGGAAAGCACUGAAAAACCCAACCUUCCAGGACCACCUCACCACCGUAGGAAUUAAUUGGAAAUAUAUCGUCGAACGCGCGCUCUGGAGGGGGGGUUUCUGGGAACGACUGGUGAGAAGUGUCAAGACUGCGCUAAGAAGGACGCUCGGGAGGAACUGCUUCAGCUUCGAGGAGCUCACCACUAUUUUGCAUGGCGUAGAGGCAGUCAUCAACUCUCGCCCUCUGACGGCUGUGAACGAUACACCAGAAGACAGAGAGCCACUGACAUCGGCCCACUUCCUGGUAGGGAAGCGGGUGACUUCUUUGCCACCUUUCGACAUCAACCUUCAGGGGCGACCACAGACACGCGGGCGUACUGGAAGCUUCAUCAACAACUACUAG